AUGCAUAAGAUGCAAGCUCACUUCGAGCUGUGGGCGUUGAUCCUAGCCUUCGCCAGUCUUAGUCUCGCGCAGACUUUUGCAGAUUAUGCUUAUGUGAGCAACAUAGAGGCAGGCUCUCGAUUCCAGACUGUUAGUCGAGCAUCUCUGACCAAGCAGGCUUGGACAGUCGCGUCGGAAAGCGAACCCCCAAUUUUUUUCAUUCCAUCACGGCCAGCCCUGAGGAUACGGGCUCCUAAGUCUCGUCCUGAAAUGGAUAUUGCUGGAGAGAGACCGUCAUGGAGCUCACGAGACAAGCUUUGCAGAAGCUCUGCUGUAUUAUCAGAGACAUUGUCAGCGAGAUACAUCUAUGCAAGCACACUCCAAACUCGAACUACCUGGAACAAGCCCACAUCUAGCGCGGGUAUGAUUCGAAUGUUACAAUAUGAAGUAACAGUAUCGUUGCACCCAACCAUUCAACACGAGAGAUCAACAGGAGGAUGA